AGUUUCCGCAAGAUCAAGUCCGUCGUUCUCAUGCACGACACCGACGCGGAGAGCAUCAAGGCUUCGUUGGCCGCGGCGGAUGUGCCGUUGUCCGAGGCGGACUGCAGGAAGUGCCCUGACCCGUGCGAGGAAGACCACGAAUGGUCGCGCAGCUUCGACGUAGAUCGCGAAACGCAGAUGCUCGGCUCCGUCAAGCCCUAUAAACGCCAGCUCGUGAUCUCGACGGGCAAAGCCGACUGGGAUCGCGAAGUGACCAAUACCACCGGCUCGCUCGCGUACCACCUUUACCAUACUAUACCCUCCCCUCCCCACUCCUCCUCCUCCUCUUCUGUACCCUCCGAAGACCACCGCAAGCUCCCGGACGGCGUGUUCGCCACCUCCGGCCCGAAAGGCCGCACGUCCGUCCUGAACGGCUCGCACCACUCGCUCGCGCACUCGACCGGCGCGAAGGGGGUGCCGGAGGAGACCGUGCUGCUGUUCCCGGAGUACAGGGUCGUCAGCGGCGUCCCGCGCUCGGCCGAUGGCGCGCACGCGUUCUGGGAGAAGGUCGCACAGAUCGAGGGCGGGAGCAAGCCGGGCGACGCUACGAAGGAGGCCGGCGAGGAUAUACGGACGUACGUGCUGCCGUACGCGUGCGUGAUACUGCUUUGUUCGCACAAGAGACGGGAUAACCGAUGUCAUAUUACCGCCGGAAAGCUCGAAGACACCUUUAGGCACUCGCUAGAAACGCGCGGCUGGGAGGUCCACACGGAUCUCGAUCCGUUCAUCGAAAAUGAUCCGGACUUCCCCGCGCUCGAGUCCGAGGGCGCCGUCUUCCUCAGCAACGAGAUAAUCGAGAAACAGCUCCGACACGCGGCGUCCACCGAGCGCGCGCUCAUCCUCAAGAACUCGCAUAUCGGCGGACACAAGUACGCCGGGAACACGAUCAUAUAUACUCCGCGCGGGGCUUCCGUCUGGUACGGCCGCGUCACCCCGCACGAGGUCGAGUCCAUAGUCGAGGAGACCAUCCUCAGCGGACGCGUCUUGGCUCCUCUUCUGCGGGCUGCGGUGAACGUGGCGAGACCGGGCUGCAAGAGCAUACACGAUUGGUAGCCCCUCUCUCUACGGUUCGGUGAUUCACCGGCGGUGCAGAUCUCCCCAUCAUAUAAACGACUCGCAUAUAUAUAGGGUGCAUAUAUGACCGUAAUGGCAGCCACUGUUCCGGUUUUACUUGCUGACGGUUUUGGUCAUGCUCUCAUCAUAACCUUACAAGCC